AUGGCUGCAAGCAGGGGGACCCAAGAAGACUUUGGCCAUUUGCUUCCGUCUCUCAUGAUGCUCGGCUUCUGGUACAACAAUCUCAAAGGCUCAGAUGCCAGCUGUGUGGUCCGUAACCUGAUCAAUGCCGCUGGCUUCAAUAGGUUCACGACCGGCGCCUUGGAGGUUAUGGUUAAAGGGUCUACUCCAAAUCAUAAUCUGCUGCUCUGGUACGGCAUGAUUGCCGCGGUCAUAGCCACAACCGUCCAGACCCAGGACAUGUACGACCAAGAAGGCGACGCUGCACGGGGUCGUCGUACACUCCCACUAGUAUUGGGCGACACCUGUGGUCGCUGGGUCACUGCCAUCACAGUCAUGUUUUGGGUCGUCUUCUGCCCUCUCUGCAUUGGCACCUCACUCCUGGGAGCAACAUCUAGAGCUGCCCUCAUGGCAUGA